CUCGGACUACGUGAGAAACCGAGAAAGAAAGCAGCGCCAUGCGAUUCCGUCAGCUUCGGCGAGAACGGUCUGAGGUCAACAGGCUCUUCGAAAUGUGGCGGUCGUAUUAUCAGUUUUGUGUAUUUAUUCAACGCACGAAGGACGUAACUGAGCGUGUGUGAUGAAUCUGAUUGCCCGAGAAGCGGAUGAGGCAGGUUUUCCUUUUCGCUUGUUGUGGUGUGGCUAGUGGAACACUUCCAAACUUAGCUAGCUCGCUAAUACAGUAGCACCCUGUGGAAAGCGGUGUAUUUAAAGUGACAGAGCGCUGGGUAACUCUGCAGCCAUGGAAAAGGAGCGCACAAGGGAAAGCACGCCGGACUUGGACCGGGACCGGCAGUAUUGCGAGCUUUGUGGAAAGAUGGAGAACUUGCUGAAGUGCGGCCGAUGCCGAAACUCCUUUUACUGCAGUAAGGAGCAUCAGAAGCAGGACUGGAAAAAACACAAACAGAUUUGUAAGGAGGCCGACAAAUCACAGUGCCCUCCGCAGCUCGAUCCUUUGCCGGCGUCCCGGGACGAGAAAUCGGGGCAACAGCAGCUGUCGCAAAAGAACGGCGCAGAACAGGAUAACACGGCUUCUCAAAGCACUUCAGAUCCAGGGCCUGUCAACCCGCCGGCGGACGGAGAAAAAAUGAAAGAUUUUAUCACUUGUUCAGAGGGCUCGGGUAGUAUAUCUGACCACAAGCAAGCUGGAGACGGGAUUAACAAUAACACAAAACCCAACGGACAAACGAAAUCCCCACCGCAAAAACUAGCGUUGGAAUAUAUAGUUCCAUGCAUGAACAAGCAUGGUAUUUGUGUAGUCGAUAACUUUCUUGGAGAAGAGACUGGACUGUGUAUUCUGGAGGACGUAAGAGCCCUCCAUCAAACCGGUAAAUUCACUGACGGCCAGCUGGUCAGUCAGAAAAGUGACUCUUCCAAAGACAUACGAGGAGACAAAAUAACGUGGAUUGAAGGAAGAGAACCCGGCUGCGAGAAGAUAGCUUUCUUAAUGAGUCGCAUGGACGAUCUGGUCCGACACUGUAACGGUAAACUGGGAAACUACAAAAUAAAUGGAAGAACGAAAGCAAUGGUGGCGUGUUAUCCUGGCAACGGGACCGGAUACGUACGUCAUGUGGACAACCCAAACGGUGAUGGGAGAUGCGUCACCUGUAUAUAUUACCUUAAUAAGGACUGGGAUGCCAAGGGACACGGAGGCUUGCUCCGGAUCUUCCCAGACGGGAAGGCCCAGUUUGCCGACAUCGAGCCCAAGUUCGACAGGCUCCUGUUCUUCUGGUCAGACCGACGGAACCCUCAUGAGGUGCAGCCAGCAUACGCCACAAGGUAUGCCAUAACAGUAUGGUAUUUUGAUGCUGAUGAGCGAGCAAGAGCUAAAGAGAAAUACCUAACAGGCACGGGAGAAAAGGGAGUUAAAGUGGAGCUGAAUAAACCCUCAGACGCCAGUUAAUAAGAGGAGCAGAAGAGGUCGACCCAAAGUCCCGACUGCUCCCAAGCGCUCGGCUGAGAGAAACAAAAUGGAAGAGAGAGCGAAAGAAAGAAGAACUGUCGGAGAAUACAGAAAUUGACUCGAGUCUGCUUCUUCUGCUCUUUGCGUUUAGCAUGGCUAAACACGCUGACCUUGAAUGUGAUGUGGCUGUACCACAAGGACUGCCAUUUUUCCAGGCCUCUGAAUC